AUGAACUUUUCUAAGGGACCACACUAUAUUGAGGACAUGAAGGACUUGCUGGGUGACGGCAUCUUUGCCGUCGACGGAGUUAAGCUACCUACCACCCGACACACCAAUGCGCUACACGACGUAUUGAAGAACGUGUGUGCUAAGAAUCGCUCCAUGGACUUGUAUAAACUGAUAAGUUGUUACUCGACCGAAGUGUUUACGGACAUGAGCUUCGGACGUCUAACCGUUCAACGGUUCCUCCAACUCGACAUUAAGGAGAUCGAUGCUGCGGUGCUGAGUAUCGUCCAACAAGUCCUUGCGAAUCGUGCAUUAACUCCUGAAGACGAGCGAGGAGCAGCAAUACGACCCCGUGUACCUACGCGACGUUGUCGUCGACUUUCUCGUUGCUGGACGUGA